AUGAAAAAACGAAAAUCUUCUGCUUCCUCUUCAUUGCUCCGUUUUGUUCCCGAGAAUUACAUCAAAAAAAUCAAAUUUAAUCCCAAACAAAUUGAAGAACAUUUGAAUGAAGAUAUUUGGGUAAUAAUCAUGGAAUUUUUAACAGCGCAAGAAGUAUUGUUGACCAUGAUGCUUGUCUCUAAAAAAUUAUUUCAAUAUGCUCACGAAGUUCCUUUAAAGUUGGAUCAUAUUUCAAGCAUUAAAAUACGUGCCGACAUUCCAUCCCGUGAUGCUCCUUGCCUUUUCAAUAGAUUCAUUGAUGAACAACUCACGAAUGAUGUUAUUUUUGAAGCAAACAAAUUAAUGAACUCAGACAAAAUACUAGGACUAACCUCUAUUACCUUGAGUCCUAACUUUACGUGUGCAAUCCAAAGCAUGUUUAAAGAUAACUCAAAGCUGAAGAACUUGAAAGAAUUAACAAUUUGUCAAGGAUGUUUCUAUCCGAAGACAUACGAAUCAAUUUUACAGAAUUCGAAUCUCACAAAUAUUGAGAGCGUAACAUUAGACUUCAAUGAAAAGAAGUGUGGCCGCUGUGAGUCUUCUAUUUCAGUCACUUCUCUUGCUCAAUCUCCAAUAUUCAAAAAUGCUCGCUCUUUUCAUAUAUUGUACGGCGAUGUAUUUCGAGAUAAUGAGAUAAUGGAGCUUUUACACAGUCCUAAUUUUCAAAAUAUCAACAAUAUCACUUUGGAAUGUGACGAUGGAUUGACAAUUAAGACCAUUCAAACUCUUGCAAGCUCCAAUCUCGAUAUUCAUUAUUUAAAAAUUGCUGCUCCAUCCGAUUACACUAGCAAUUCACUACUUGAAGCAGCUACCAAUGCAAAGCCAUUCCGCAAUCUACACACCCUAAGUAUACUUUUUCAAUAUUGUGACCCAAUCCAAAAUGCCACAUUUAUGAAAUUUGUUAAACAAGGUCCGCAACGAAAUAUCAAAUGCUUAGAACUUUCCUACAAGAUGUUGACAAUCAUGUGA